AUGCGUGCGUUUGUCGACGCCGCCCACGCCCUGGGCCUGGCCGUUAUUGUGGAUGUAGUGCUGCACCACGGCGCGCCCGAGGGCAACGCCCUGUGGGAGUUUGACGGCUGGGGCCCUGGCUGGGCCCAUGGGGGGAUCUACCACGAGAACGCCCCCGACACGGAGUGGGGCCGCCAGUUUGCCUUCUGGAAGGGCGAGAUCAUCGACAUGGUGACCGCGGCGUGCGCCAUGUGGCUGGGGGAGUACCGCGUCGAUGGCCUCAGGUUCGACAGCGCCAACGACCUGCCGGGCCACUCGGUGCAGGCCAUGACUUGGGCUCUGCGCUCUCAGUACCCCGGGCGCCUGCUGACCGCCGAGAUCACCCCUGAGGACCCCAGGGGCGUCCACGAGCUGGGCUUCGACGCCCUCUGGGUGCACUCGGGCUACUUUGACAUCAUUCAGCAGCACAAGGCGCUGGGGAGGGGCCACCACGGCGGCGGCGACUGGGCGGCCGGCUGGGACCUGCCCCGGCUGCGCACCGCCAUGGGCCUGCACCCCGGCUUCACCGCCCCCACCCAGUGCAUCAAGUACAUGCUGGGCUCGCACGACCAGGUGGGGUGCCGCCACGGCGGGAAGUGGUACGCGGACUACCAGAUGAUUGGCGGCCAGCACAGGUACGCCGUUGACCAGUUCGGCGGCGGCCGCCACGACCCCCAUGCCUCCGCCGCCGCGCGCUGCUGGUGGGCGGCCAACGUGGCGGCGGCGGGGCUGCCGAUGAUGUUCAUGGGCACAGAGGCCGCGCAGAGCGGUUGGUGGGACACCGACGCGUGGCACGGCAUGCAGUGGGGAAACACAGAGGACGAGGCCGGGCGGGCGAUGAUGGCGGCCGUCCGCGGCGCCAACGCGCUGCGCGCGUCCCUGCCGGCGCUGCGCCGCGGCCGCGCGUCGCAGCUGCACGAGGACCGCCCCAACGGCGUGAUGGCGUACGAGCGCGUCGCCGACGGCGAGGACGAGCCGCGGGUGGUGGUCGUGGUCAACGCGGGGCGCGGCUACUGGCAGGGGUCGGAGUACGGCGUGUGGGUGGGGGGCACAGGCACCAUGGAGGAGGUGUACUGCUCGCAGUCCCCCGAGUACGGUGCCGUCGGCGGACACCACUCCAACGCCGGCGCGCCGCUGCAGAUCCACGACGGCCGCAUCUGGCUCAACCUGCCGCCCUGCUGCACGAUGUACUUCGUGCACACUUCAGUCUAG